AGCACAGCUGUUCGUUCAGCAUGUACAGCUUCGUGCCGAAUGCGCAAACUGUGAAUGGCAAAAUCCAGCUGACAAGCGACGCGUUUACUUUUUGAGCUCACUGCAUUUUAUUACAAAAAAGGCACAAAUUGUUACAAUUGCAGCCAAAAAGAUGUCCAAGUCGUCGUUAAAACACUUUAACAGCACUUGCCGGGUGUGUGCGAAAUAUGCAAGCACUAAAAGAUCACCGCGCUUGUUUGACAAAUCAAAUCCAAAGAUGAUUGAGAACAUUGAGACGCUCACCGGACUGCGGCUGGAGCCCUAUGGUUGUCUCCCCGAUCUAAUUUGCGAAUGCUGUACAAUGGAGUUGAGCGCUGCUAUUAAAUUUCGCGAGCGUUGCAUUGUCGCCCAGCGGAAUCUGCUGUUGGGUCUUACCGCAGCACAGCAAAAGGGCAUAUCUGCGUUCUACAAGGCUGCCGUCAUGGGCACUGAUCUCGAGGAGGAGGACGACGGCAAGAAGGCACAGCCACCUGACGACGGGGAAACUGAAGAAACUUAUCGUGAUGUUGAUAUCGAACCAAAGGAGGAGGAUGAGGAGGAGGAAAUGGAUGCAAAAGUCGAAUAUGACAAUGAUUUCUACGAUUUGGCUGAAAACAACGUGGUAGAGGACGACGGGGCAUCGCUUAUAGAGGAGGCCGAAUACGAAAGCCUCAUGGCGGACGACGAUAAUGAGGAACAAAUCCAUCAGGAGCAAGAAAUGAUAGAUGCUUCUGGGGAACUCAUUACAGGCGAUGGCAAUGACGGCUAUGUCUACGACUCUGAUGACGAAGUGGCCGUGCUGGACAAUGUCUUGGACGAUGAGUACGAGCAUGAGAACCUCGUUGUGAAGAAGUCCAGUCUGCCGCAGAAGCCGAAAAUACGCGCCGAUGAUCCACGGCGCCGUGGAACUGGCGGCGUGUACAUUUGUGAGCAGUGUGGCAAUCACAUCAAGGGCCGCAUGGCCUUCGAGCUGCACUGUCGUCGUCACCGAGGCGAUAAGCAGUUUGGUUGCGAACUGUGCAAUUCUCGCUUCUGCACCACAUCUGAGCUGAAGCGCCACAUGCGCAAGCACACGGGAGAGCGCCCGUUCGCUUGCCAAUAUUGUGGACGCUGCUUCACCGAUUACACCACUCGCGUGAAGCACGAGCGCACACACACCAAUGAACGACCCUAUGUCUGUGGCACAUGCGGCAAGGCCUUCACUACCGGGUACAUUCUGAAGAACCACAUGCUGAUACAUUCCGGCGAGCGCGCAUACAGGUGCGAGCUGUGCGACAAGUCUUUCAUGCUCCCCACCCAUCUGAGCACACAUUUCCGUUCGGGCGUGCACAAAAGGCAUAUGGAGAAGGCCGGAAUUACACAGGAAAGGGAGCAGAAAAAGGAUCUUAAAUUGGAGGAGGUGGAGGAAGAUAGUUUAAUAAUUUAGGAUUAGUCCUGGCGCAAUGACGGAUUACACAGACAAGUAGCAUUUCAGCGAUAAUAUAAUAGAGUUGAGUUGUAAUACAAAUUUAAUCAUUAAUAAAUUCUAUCCUCCAAUCAAGUCAAUUG